AUGAGUUGGGGGCAGUUCGACUACUCCCAGCAGCAGGAUCUUAGCCAGCAAUACAACUACUACCAGCAACAGAGUCCUUAUACUCAGUCUCAGAGCUACUACGGCGGUCAAAUGUUUAUGCCACCUUCAGCGAAUGGAAUCGCAACUGGCGGUGUUGAAGACUAUGAAAGUGAACCACCUUUGCUGGAAGAGCUUGGCAUCAACUUCUCUCAUAUAAAGGAAAAAACUUUUGCUGUUUUGAAUCCGACCGGAACCGCAUCAGCUGAAGUUAUAGCGGAUCAAGACUUGGCAGGACCUUUGGUUUUCUGCCUGCUUUUUGGUUUCGCCCUUCUCCUUCACGGCAAGAUGACGUUUGGUUAUAUCUAUGGUAUUGGCGCUCUUGGAUGUUUGGGUAUGUACGCACUAAUGAAUCUUAUGGCCGCGGAUAAAACUAUUUCAUUCGUUUGCACUGCUUCUGUGUUAGGGUACUGUUUACUUCCAAUGUCGCUUCUCAGUCUUGUCACUGCUGUUCUGUCGUCCAAGGGAGUGUUCGGGUACUCGUUGUCGGCGCUGGCCGUCGUGUGGUGCAGCUCGUCGUCGUCAAAGCUGUUCGUCAUCGCGCUCUCCAUGCAGCAUCAGCGCCUUCUCGUCGCAUAUCCUUGUGUUCUGCUCUAUUCUGUCUUUGCCUUACUCGCAAUCUUUUAA